UAUGCCCUGAGUGUCGUAAACCCGCGGGCUGCCUGAGUAACAGGCGAGGCCGUUGAGGGCCGGUAUGGCGGCUCUGCCGGAGGAACCGGCUGAGGCGGUAACGGUGAAACCAGACCCCGAUGGGGGAGCUCCACCGCCUCCACCUCAGUCCCCGGCAAAUUCCGCUCCCGCUCCUCCUUCCUCAACCGCUGCUGCUCCUCUCACGGACGGGGAGACGGUGGUGGGCACAGCUGACUCGAAGCCCCCAGUGGUCCCCACUGUUCAACCGGCCGCUUCCCAGCUGCCCACCGAUCGGCAGACCUUGCUGGCAGUGUUGCAGUUCCUGCGGCGUAGCAACCUCCGCGAGUCUGAAGAAAUUCUCCGCCGGGAAGCUCGGCUGCUCAACGAUGAGGUCGCGGCUGAUCUCAGUCCCUCGGCGCCCGGAGGGCAGGCGACUCAUGGUGGGGAAGGGCAGGAAUCCAGCCUCGGGGCCGCUGUCCCCGGACCUGGGGAAGUGCUGCUCAGCUCCAUCACUUUUGGCCAGGUGGGGGCUGCCGUUGCUCAUGCAGCUGUCACGGCCCCUCCUGCGGUGCCCUUGGGACCCCCCGGGAAAGUUGGUGUCCUCAUGGAAGAUCAGCCAGAUGUGAGUGCAGUGUUGUCUGCCUACAACCAGCAGGGAGACCCAGCACUCUAUGAAGACUAUUAUAGUGGACUGAAACACUUCAUUGAAUGUGCUCUGGACUGUCAUCGAGCUGAGCUAUCUCAGCUUUUUUAUCCUCUCUUUGUGCAUAUGUAUUUGGAGCUAGUCUACAAUGGGCAUGAAAAUGAAGCAAAGUCUUUCUUUGAAAAGUUUCAUGGAGAUCAGGAGUGUUAUUACCAGGAUGACUUGCGCGUAUUAUCAAGUUUAACCAAAAAAGAGCACAUGAGAGGGAAUGAGACAAUGCUGGAUUUUCGAACAAGCAAGUUUGUGCUACGCAUUUCCCGUGACUCUUACCAGCUCUUGAAGAGACACCUUCAGGAAAAACAGAACAAUCAGAUCUGGAAUAUUGUUCAAGAGCAUCUUUACAUUGAUAUAUUUGAUGGAAUGCCUCGCAGUAAACAACAAAUUGAUGCUAUGGUAGGAAGUCUGGCUGGCGAGGCAAAACGAGAGGCUAACAAAGCAAAGGUCUUUUUCGGCUUAUUAAAAGAACCAGAAAUUGAAUUACCUCUGGAUGAUGAAGAUGAAGAGGGAGAAAAUGAGGAGGGUAAGCCAAAGAAGAAGAAGCCAAAAAAGGAUAGUAUGGGAUCAAAAAGUAAAAAGCAAGAUCCAAAUGCUCCUCCUCAGAACAGAAUUCCCCUUCCUGAGCUGAAGGAUUCUGACAAGCUGGAUAAAAUAAUGAAUAUGAAGGAAGCCACUAAGCGUGUGCGUCUUGGUCCAGACUGCUUGCCUUCUAUCUGUUUCUACACAUUCCUUAAUGCUUAUCAGGGCCUAACAGCAGUGGAUUUUACGGAUGACUCUAGCAUGAUUGUAGGAGGUUUUGCUGACUCCACUGUCAGAGUAUGGUCUGUGACACCCAAAAAACUACGUAGUGUAAAGUCGGCAUCAGAUCUCAGCCUCAUAGAUAAAGAAUCUGAUGAUGUUUUAGAAAGGAUCAUGGAUGAGAAAACAGCAAGUGAGUUGAAGAUUUUAUAUGGUCACAGUGGACCUGUCUAUGGUACCAGCUUCAGCCCUGAUAGGAACUAUUUGUUAUCAUCUUCAGAGGAUGGCACAAUCAGAUUGUGGAGUCUCUUAACCUUUUCUUGCCUGGUGGGAUACAAAGGACACAACUACCCUGUAUGGGACACACAGUUCUCACCCUAUGGGUAUUACUUUGUGUCAGGUGGUCAUGACAGAGUGGCUCGUUUGUGGGCUACAGAUCACUACCAGCCUUUGCGGAUUUUUGCUGGCCACCUUGCUGAUGUCACAUCUACACGUUUUCACCCAAACUCCAACUACGUUGCUACAGGCUCAGCAGAUAGAACAGUGCGGCUGUGGGAUGUUCUGAAUGGGAAUUGUGUGAGAAUCUUCACAGGACAUAAGGGACCAGUCCAUUCAUUAGCAUUUUCUCCUAAUGGAAGAUUCUUGGCAACUGGAGCUACAGAUGGAAGAGUGCUUCUCUGGGAUAUUGGCCAUGGUUUGAUGGUAGGGGAGUUAAAAGGACAUACAGAUACAGUCUCUGCACUCCGGUUCAGUAGAGAUGGAGAAAUUUUAGCAUCAGGUUCAAUGGAUAACACAGUAAAGUUGUGGGAUGCUUUGAAAGCCUUUGAGGACUUAGAAACAGAUGAUUUUACCACAGCCACUGGACAUAUAAAUCUGCCUGAAAGCUCUCAGGACUUGUUGUUAGGUACCUAUAUGACCAAAUCAACUCCCGUCAUACAUCUCCAUUUCACUCGCAGAAAUCUGCUUCUUUCUGCUGGCGCAUACAGUUCCCAGUGAACUAUGAAACUACAAGACUUGGUUGUGUAAGGCCUUGUGAAUUAAAGGCUGUAGAAUAUUUUGUAUUAUUUAAGACUCUGAUGAACUGAAACGAACUUUUCUGUUGGAACAAGCAACAUAAACUAUGACCCAAGCAGCACCUUCAAGUAACUGUUUUAAGCUCCACUGGAAAAUGCUGGACUCUGAAAUCAUGAAUUUGAUGGGGGAGGGGGAGUUUAAUUCAGAUAAGUGUACAGGUAGUCUCUUAUCCUCAGCAAAGAAAUGGUUGUUCAGCUCCAAACUGCAGAACCAGUUGUAAAAUCAAAGGUAAACAACACAUUAUUUAACAGCUUUUUAAAAGCACUUAUUUUGUCAUUUUUCCGGGUUUAACCACUUCCACGAACUUCAGUAGGAGCUUCCACAUGGAACUGUGGGUUCUUUUUAUAAUAUGGAGAGAACAUAGUUAUUUGUCUUACGUGAGGUCCUUAUUUAUUCUAAGGAGGACAGUACAGAUUGAGUAUAUUGAAGCCUGCUGACAAAAUUUGAAUGAUGCUUUAGAGAUGGACCUUUUAAAUUGUGACAAUCUUUAAUUGGGGUACUGUUUUUUGUCCUCUGUUAAAUUACUUUGGGACAGAAGUAUAGAAUCACAUCCCUAUAAAGUGUAUACUAGAGUAACACCACAUUGCUUUUCUAGAAUGGGUUAGUAACUAUAAUUCAUAUGUUCAGUUACAACACAGAUUGAGCUGUCUACCAGUUGUUGAAUUCUGGCAGGAAAUGAAUGAGCCACACGUUUUUUUAAAAAAAUUAAACUGCCAUGGUUUUUCAUUUUGUACAGUUUUAUAUUUUUGAUACUUUGUAAUAAAGACAAAUUAUUCUCUGCAA